AUGGGCGGCUGGCAGGUCGUCGUCGCCGAUGGGCACGCGGUGCUGCCUGAAGGCAUGACGCACCUGCCGGAUGAGGCGUUCUUCGACCGUACCUCUCUCGUCUCGGUCGCCUUUCCGCGCAGCCUCACCUUCAUCGGCAACCGGGCCUUUUACAACUGUUCCUCCCUCAUCUCCAUCGACCUCCCCGCCAGCCUCGCCUCCAUCGGCGAGGGCGCCUUCUGCGGCUGCUCCGCCCUCUCCUCCGUCACCCUCCCUGUCGGCCUCACCUCCAUCGGCACCCGCGCCUUCGAAUACUGCUCCUCUCUCGUCUACAUCGACCUACCCCCCGCCCUCACCUCCAUCGGCAGCCGCGCCUUCGCCGGCUGCUCCUCCCUCGCCGCCAUCAAUCUGCCCGCCGGCCUCACCUCGAUCGGCAGCCGCGCCUUCUCCAGCUGCUCCGCCCUCUCCUCCGUCACCUUCCCUGCCACCCUCGUCUCUGUCGGCAACAGCGCCUUCGAAGGCUGCUCCUCGCUCGUCUCCAUCGACCUCCCUGCCAGCCUCACCUCCAUUGGCCACCGCGCCUUCGAGUGCUGCUGCACCCUCGCCAACGUCGCCCUCCCCGCCGGCCUCGUCUCGAUCCGCAGUUACGCCUUCCACUGCUGCUCCUCCCUCUCCUCCGUCACCUUCCCUGCCGGCCUCACCUCCAUCGGUAUCGGCGCCUUCUGGGGCUGCUCCUCCCUCGGCUUCGUCACCCUCCCCGCCAGCCUCACCUCCAUCGGCAGCGGCGCCUUCGACCGCUGCUCCGCCCUGUCCCGCGUCACUUUCCCCGCUGGCCUCACCUCCAUCGGCAUGAACGCCUUCGCCGGCUGCCCCUCCCUGACCCGCGUCACCGUGCCAGACACUGCCACCAUCUCCACCGCCUUCCCUCCCGCCACCACUGUCCUCCGCCUCCCUCCCAAGAGGAUGCGCGACCUGCAGCGCUGGUACGAGGCGGUGGACGGGGCUCUGGCCUACAAGCGCUGCCGCCCCCUCCUCUACGGCUGGCUAGAGCGGGCCCAGACCGGGCUCGGCUCUUACGGCCCGGACGGCGCGGCGCGCCAGCGCGACCUCGAGGAGUUCGAGGGCGAUUUUGGGCUGCUUGUAGAGUGA